UUUUGCAGAUGAAUAAGUAGCAAAUCUGCAGAAUCCCACAAAUAGAGACUUGGGUUAUAUCAAAUCACCGGAUAGAAUGGACUACGGGCAUAGUAUUCACGUUACAAAUACUUCUCGUUCGAUAAAUCUACCGCACAGGAAUCUACUCGAAGAUAUACAAGAAUACAACAAGACCUGUCGUCCACUGAUGAAAGCAUCAUUUAUGGGCGACUGGCAAGCUGCCAAGGCCAUCAUUGAUGAACGACAGGAGCUGGUAGUGUUUUCUAUCACUGCCAAUCAGGAGACACUGCUCCAUCUUGCUGCUUCAGCAAAAAACACCAAGCAGACACAAGAGUUUCUGCAAAAUCUUGUAAAUAUGUUGGAAAUGAAAGACUUGGAGCUUGAGGAUCGCAAUUCCUGGAACGCCUUUCAGAUUGCAGUUGCAAAUGGAAGUAAGGAAAUGGUUGAUAUAAUGCUACAAAAGAACCAAGCCCUGCUAAGUAUCCCCAAUAUGAAGAACGAUUUUCCAUUAAGCUUAAGUGCUUUCUUUGGACAUCAUGACUUGACAAGGCAUCUGUAUCAACUUUCCGAGGGGACGAUCGACACGUACAUGACAACCACUGAUCUAAAUUCUUUCGUCCGCCACUGCAUUAGGAGCGAAAUGUUUGAUAUAACAUUAAAACUAUUGACCAGAUUCCCUUACAAGAUGACCGAUCAAACUUAUAUGAUUAUACUCGAUGAAUUGGCUCGAAGGCCUGAUUCACUUAAUACACCAAAACAGAAUAUGAUUUGGAAAAUGGUUGAUCCAUUUUUUGUGAAGCUGCAUAUGAAGAAGGGGCCUUCAGAAAAUGACGAUCAAGCCUUGAAUUUAUUAAAAAAACUUUUGAGUAUUUGUACCACAUUCAAACUGGAUGAUCAACUUCGCAUACUCAAGGGGCCUAGUGAUUCUCAAAAUAAUUAUAAACAUCCUUCCGGAGUGUUAUUUGUUGCUGUAGAAACGGGCAACACUGCUUUUCUGAUUGAACUCUUUCAAGUAUAUCCCCAUCUAUUAACGGCCAGAAAUGUGAAUGAUGACAGCAUUUUUCAUGUAGCUGUCAUGCAUCGUCACCUUGGCAUCUACAAUCUACUGUAUGAGAUUGGCAAAAGAAGGUUGUUAUCAACUACACACACAAACGCACAAGGCAACACUAUACUUCAUGUUGUUGCCCAGAGUUCAAAGGAAAUUCAACCUCAGGCCACAUCAGGAGCAUCUCUACUGAUGCAACGAGAAUUACUGUGGUUCCAGGAUGUGGAGAAGAUGUUGCCACGUGCUCUAAGGGAAAAUAAGAACAACGAGGGUCACACAGCCUAUCAGAUAUUCUUCAAUGACAAUAAAGAUCUUAUAUCCAAUGGUCUGAAAUGGAUGAAUGAUUGUAUGGUAACUACGACACUUAUAGUUACAGUAGCAUUCGCGGUCGCUUUUACAGUUCCUGGUGGCUAUAACCAAGAAACUGGCUUUCCUAUCUUCCAUCAUGAAACUAGUUUCUUAGUCUUCGUAAUAGCAGAUGCUAUUUCCUUAUUCUCUUCCUCAACUUCACUGCUGGUGUUCCUCUCUAUCUUGACUUCUCGUUAUGGUCAACGAGAUUUCUUGCACUCAUUACCCCAGAAGCUAAUGCUAGGUCUACUAACACUUUUCAUCUCUGUAGUGGCCAUGAUGGUCACUUUUGCAGCCAGCUUCUUUGUCUUGUACAAUAACGGGUUGAAAUGGGUACCGAUUGUUAUCAGUAUAUUAGCUGCCAUCCCAGUCAUGUUGUUUGCUCUACUUCAGCUUCCAGUGUGGUCUGAUAUGUUCCGCUCCACGUUUGAUUCUCGGUAUCUCUUCAAUCCCCGAAGAAGACGUAUGUUAUACAAUAAAUCAAGGGUGUAGUUCUCUUCUAGAAAAGCCGUUGUUUCAAAUGUGUUUAAAGUCUACUUGAAUUAUGUAUCUAUUUCAUGAAGUGUGUGUGUUAGUGUACCAUUAUUGGGGUGUUUGGUGUUUGGGAUUGCUGGAAUAAAACAACUUAUGAAUAUUUGUAAAAGUGUUUAUUAACUUAUCAUGUGUUAAAUCAAAGUUUGAAAAAAAAAAUGUUUGGAUUA